AUGGAAGAGGAUGAUGACGAUGACUACUCUACUUCUAACGGGCCGGGCUCGAUCCUCAGAAGUCUGCAGCAUGAAAGCGACAAUCGUGACUCGCCCAACAGCUCCAUGACCUCCGGGUCGGUCGCCUCAUCGAUUGCAGAACAAAAGGCCAAUAUCACACUCAAAGUGGAGACCAAAGCCGAAACAUCGGACAGGGUAAGCCCAUUUAUGUUCAUGAAGGCACCUGCAACCUGUCGAGCGAAAUCAUCCAUCCCUUCUCGUCUAUCUCCGUCCGAAUAUGCCAGCCAAUGUGUAGCUGCCGCCGAAGCAUCCCGGCUGAACCCGUAUGCCUUGCACGAAGACGAACACAAGCUUCUACAGGAUAAGUUAUGUUACUCCCAUGUAACUGUGUACCUGAAUAUACGGAAUGGCAUUCUCAGAUUGUGGGUCCGGAAUCCCAGUGUCAGUGUUACCCUGGAAGAAGCCAUCGGCUGUACAAGAGACGAACGAUGGACUCGCCUGGCCUGUUUUGCAUACGAAUGGCUUCUCAGACGAGGCUAUAUUAACUUUGGCUGCGUUGAGCCUCCUACAAUUCCCAAAGCUGUGGGCCGGGGUCGCAAAAAGGAAGUCCCUCGAGAGACCAUCGUCGUGAUCGGAGGUGGCAUGGCAGGCUUGAGUACCGCACGGCAACUGACGAAUCUCUUCCACCACUAUCCCGAUCGAGCUCCUCCCAAGAUCAUUGUCCUUGAAGGUCGCCAUCGCAUAGGUGGGCGUAUCUACUCACAUCCACUUAGUAGCCUGCGGUCAUCAAAGUUGGCCCCUGGUCAAAGACCAACGGCAGAGAUGGGUGCUCACAUCAUCGUCGGAUUCGAGCGCGGAAAUCCUCUAGACGCCAUUGUGCGAGGUCAAUUGGCCCUAGACUGUCACCACCUUCGAGACCUUUCUACCCUCUACGACAUCGACGGUACCCCGGUCAAUGGUGCCAACGAUGCGAUGAUUGAACGACUGUACAAUGAUGUCCUCGAUCGAACCGGGCAUUACCGACUAAAGAAUACCGUGAAGAAAACGGCCCAGGGUGACAAGGAGUUGGUCGAUGCCGGGCGGGACCCUCCCGAUGAAGAGUCGCUGACAAUCAGACAAUACGAAGAAGCCGCCGCUUUGGGUACAAUUGAUCAACUGUUACCGAGCAAAAAGACGAGACGACGGGGCGCAGGCCACCGAGCCGCCAAGGGUGACAAGUCAUCGGAAGAAGUUGAUACAAACAUGGAAACCAAAAUGCAGUUGCCUGCGGCACAAGCAGCGAAAGAGUUCGGCUUCUUGCUUAGGAAGACCACCCAGAUGCAUGAAACACUUGAGCUUGAUAACCUCGCCAAGGAGCUCAAUCAGUCGCUCGGGACGGUGAUGGAUACUGGGAUUGACCAGUACCAGAAAUUUCUCGACCUAAAGCCAUAUGCUCUUCGCUUGAUUAACUGGCACUUUGCGAACCUCGAAUAUGCCAAUGCCGCCAAUGUCGACAAGCUGAGCCUUCGCGGCUGGGAUCAGGACAUUGGAAAUGAGUUUGAAGGCGAACAUUCUCAAGUUGUCGGUGGCUACCAACAGGUACCGCGUGCCUUGUGGCGUCAUCCCGAGCCGCUUGAUGUGAGAACGCGUAAAGUGGUCAAGAGUAUCAAGUACAGUGCUGCCGGCUCGCAGAGCAAGGCCACUGUCACUUGUGAAGACGGACAAUCGAUCGAAGCCGACAAGGUGGUUUUCACUGCGCCUCUGGGCGUGCUGAAAGAACAAUCCAUACAGUUCGACCCUCCUUUGCCGCAAUGGAAGCGGGAUGCCAUCAGAAGAAUGGGCUUUGGUCUCCUCAACAAAGUCAUCCUCGUUUUCGAGAGGCCCUUCUGGGACGUUGACCGAGACAUGUUCGGGCUUCUUCGUGGCGCCCGCAACGGACCAGGUCUUCACCAGAGUGAUUACAAAGAAGGUCGGGGCCAAUUCUACUUGUUCUGGAAUUGUAUCCAGACAAGUGGGCUUCCUGUGCUGAUUGCGCUUGUGGCCGGAGAGGCGGCACAUGAGGCUGAGAGAGUCAGUGACGAAGACUUGGUCGGACAAUGUCUGGGUCAAUUGCGAAACGUGUUCGGCGCGCCCAACGUCCCGUCACCCUUGGAAUCCAUUGUCACUCGAUGGGGCUCGGAUCGAUUUGCACGAGGCACUUAUUCAUACGUUGCUGCUGAAGCGCGCCCCGGCGACUACGAUUUGAUUGCGGCGCCGAUCCAGAAUCUUUUCUUUGCCGGUGAAGCCACCAUCGCGACACAUCCCGCCACUGUGCAUGGCGCCUAUCUCUCUGGACUGCGGGCGGCUCAUGAAGUCUUUGAAUCGAUGGUCGGACCCAUCGCCAUCCCGUCGACUCUGGUGCCGCCUGCCGCCCCUAAAAAGGCGUCUUCUGCGCCCAUUGACCUGACACAGAUGGAUACUCACAUGGUGAUAGGCGGCAAGAGGAAAGGCGACGAGCUACUACCUGCGGGCACCUUUACCAGACCCAUCAAAGAAAAAGACAAUUCCCUUCAAGAAGCGUGGGACGCUGCAAUGUGGGUGCGAAUCUACAACGACCUUGGGCCGCCGCCGGUGAAACCUCAAAAGUCAACCGUCAACGCUUUCCUUCUCUAUUCCGGCGAGCAUUGGGAGGAGGUCAAGAACCGGCUGGGAGAGGAACGCAAAAAGGCGGGUAAGAAGGGUAAACAAUCCGAGCGCGAUCAAGUCCGGGUCGAGUUGGGGAAAAUGUGGGCAGGACUCUCCGAAGAAGAGAAGAAACCGUAUACAGACCGGAUCAACAAGAACAGAGAGGAGAAUGAGCGGGCGUUGAAGGAAUGGUCUGUCAAGGCAGCGGAGUGGGACCGACGGACGUGGGAAGUCAAAGACGUCUGGAUCAAAGAGGGCAACAGUUUUGAGGAGUUUUGCAAGCGCAAGCGUGAAGACGAUGUGUUGAUGGAUGCAGCGGGAGUGAAACGAGCCAAAACCUAG